AUGGACAUCCCUAUACAUGAUCAAAUUCCUUACACUGGUGAGGAAGGAGGUCCUAAGUUGGAAGACAUUGCUGCUGCUUUUCACUUACCAAAGGCAGAAAUCAACAAGGUUUGGAUCAAUAGAAGAGACUAUUCUGGAAUACCUAUGGAUUUCUUAUACGAGAAGGCCAAGAUCUUUGCUAAAGCUCUAAGCAUGGAUGCCUUGGAAAACAUUGUCAGGAAGAAGAUUACUUCUGCAGGUCCUGUUAAGAGUAAAGCUGUAACCAAAAGUAAAGGGGUUGGCCCAUCAAAAUCUUGGAGCAGUGUCAUUCCAAAGAAAAGAAAGGAGCGAGAAACUGUUGAACCUGAAUCUGAUGUUGAACUGAAUGUCCCUGACAUUCCAUCGAGGAAGAAGCUUACAACCAACAAGCUUACUGCUAGUAUUCCUGAAGUUCCCAUUAAUAAUGUGUCCUUCCCCUAUGCCUCUGGUGCCAGCAGAUGGAAGUAUGUUCUCCAAAAGAGAUUGGCUGUUGAAAGGGAAUUGGCUCCAAAUGCUCUUGAAAACAAGGAGGUCUUGAUUCAAGAAGCUGGACUGCUAAAAACUGUGUGCAAUCUUCCCAAAUGUGAAGCUCAAGCCGAGCUGGAAGUAACAGACAACCAAGUUUGUCAAGUGAUCACAGCCAAACAGGUAAAAAGCUGGCCCAUGAAAGAAAAGCUAACUGCAAGUAAGCUGAGCAUCAAGUAUGCAAUGCUUCACAAGAAAGGAGCAGUUAAUUGGGUUCCAAUAAACCACAAGUCCACUAUCUCAACUGUGCUUGGUAGAUUUUUGUAUGUUGUAGGAACAAAGGCAAAGUUUGAUUAUGGAGCAUAUAUUUUUGACCAAACCAUGAAGCAUGCUGGAAGCUUCAGUAUUAAGGGUCCAAUUGCCUUUCCAUCCCUCUUGUGUGGUAUAAUUCUAGAUCAGUACUCAAACAUUCUCAAUGAACAUGAUGUAGUGUGA